UUUUACAACCUCUCGUUUAAUUUCAUUUCGUGCGUUUAUGUCGGAGGGAAAAAAGUCGUCCCUUUCCGUUCUAUUAUGUUAAACCCUGACGAAGACCGCGGUGGUCUCAUCUGGGUCGUGUGCGGUCUUAUUCGCUUAUAUUUAAAAGUAAUGGUAGCGGUCUGACAAGAAGAAGAAGAAGAAGAAGAAGAAGAAGAAGAAGAAGAAGAAGAAGAAGAAGAAGAAGAAGAAGAAGAAGAAGGCGCAUACGGAGACAACCCCGCUGCCUCUCGGUUUUACUCUCUCUCGGCGGACCAGUAUUCCGAAAUUCGCCAGGAACCCAGUGAUCCGAACUCUCCAGCAUCUGAUGGUCAUUCUCGCAUGAGAUACCGCGGGAACAGCGUCGGCCUCCGCCUGUGCCACCGGUGAUCCAGGAUGAAGAUGCCCAGGGGAGGACGCAUGUUUCUGGCCACAUGCCUCGGCUCGUUUUUCAUCCUCGUCCUCUACUUCCAGAGCAUCACCAAGCCAGAACCUGGUUUGAAGACUGGCAGCAGACCAGGGAAGAGCAGGAGAAGUCCAUUACAGACUCUCUACAAUGGACAGCAGCAGUCAGAGCUAUCAGCAGCACAGAGGUCUCUCCAGGACCGUCGGGACCUGCUGGAGCAGAUGUGUCUGAGCCAUACCAGGAAGCGUAGGGUACUCUCUCAUGAGGACCUCAAGCACCUUAUUGUAGAUGACAAGCACAGCCUCAUCUACUGCUAUGUACCUAAGGUGGCCUGUACUAACUGGAAACGUGUCCUGAUGGUCCUUAACAGUGAAGGCCGCUAUACUGACCCCCUCGCCAUUCCAGCCAAUGAAGCCCAUGUGAAUGGCAACUUGCAUACACUCUCUGAGUUCUCAACCCCUGAGAUCAACAAGCGUCUGCGUAGCUACCUCAAGUUCGUCUUCGUGCGUGAACCCUUCGAGCGCCUGGUGUCUGCCUAUAGGAACAAAUUCACACGCAGCUACAACACCGCCUUUCAUAAGCGCUAUGGGACCAAGAUCAUCCGACAAUACCGGCCCGACCCACAGCCUGAAGCGCUGGAGAAAGGGAACGAUGUUUCUUUCAAGGAGUUUGUCCAGUACCUAGUGGACCCAAGGACACAGCAGGAGGAGCCAUUCAAUGAGCAUUGGGAGCGGGUCCACUCCCUCUGCCAUCCCUGUCUCAUCCACUAUGAUGUGGUGGGGAAGUACGAGACCCUUGACUUGGACGCGCAGGCUGUUCUCAGGCUCACUGGAGCAGAGGACACUGUUCGAUUUCCGACCUCUGGGAAGAGCACUCGGACUGAUCGGGACAUGGCUGCACGCUUUUUCAAGAACAUCAGCCCUUCUUAUCAGAAGAAACUGCUUAAUCUUUACCGUAUGGACUUCCUGCUUUUCAACUACUCCAUACCAAAAUACCUCAGGACAUGACAACAGGAACAAGACAGGAAGUUGACAUCCACGUGCCAGCAAUGGAAUCUAAUGCAACAUGUUGAGGGUAUUUAGUAGCUGCAUUGACACAUUCACCACAAGUGCUGUUUAGUUUCUGGCUAAUGAGGAUAAUUUUGCACUUGCCUGAUAGGACAAAUCCAAGUCUUGCUCAGGUUUUGCAGGCUUGUAAAAUUUUCCUCCUUGUCUUUUUGCAAAGAUAGAAGGCGUUCACUGUGACUCUCCAAUAAUUACUAUGGAGAACGACUUACACAUUCCAGAUUCAACCAGUGGAACUUCCUCGGUGGCGGCAAUUAAAUUUCAAGAUCGGCACAUCCCAUUGUGUCGUCCCAAGUUGUAUUUGGACUGUGCACUGCAAGUGCAUGCAUCACUUUGACAAAUGUUAACAAAAACUGUAGAAAUUUGUCACAGUUAGGGACGUGAAAAACGUUAUGUAUGUGUCUUUUGUACUCUGUUUAACCAGUUUAUUUACUUAUCUAUGCAAAACCUGAGACAAAGAUGUUCUCUACCAAAGAUGAGAUUUUAUUGUUUUUACCAUUAGCAUAGCAGAAUACCACCUACGUAGCCAGCGCUGACUGGGUGUCACAAAAAUAUGUUUACUGUUGGUGGUCAUUCUUGCUUUGUGCACAGGGGUUUUGAUCAGGGCUCUGAUGACAAGAAUCGGUAUCUUUCACCGCUGUGGAAGAUUUUAAUUCUCUGUGAGUACGGAAGGAGUCAAAUCUAACUGAAUUCCCUUUGACUCUCUUCUAUUAGUCCUGUAUCUGUGAUGGUUCAGUUAGUGUAAUGUUCCUUGCCUGAAGUUCUGAGGUACCCUGCUACAGUGAACGUUCAAUUUUCAUGGCUUGUUUCCUUCAAGCUAAUGUAAGUAAGUCACACUGAAGAGAAGCAGGUUCUUCUCAAGCACAAGUUCAUACAUGGACAUUUUGACUGUGAAACCGUUUAUAGUGUAAUUUCUCAAAGGACCUUAACAAUACCUUUACAAGACCUUUAUUUAUCUAUGUUCAGAAUGAGAGUAUUUAUUAUCAAGAAAGAAAAAUGUGGACUCGUGGUUUUGUCGGUAUGAAUUCAUUUUAUAUGGGCGAGUAAUGCAUUAUUCCUCUUAAGUUUUUUAUUUUUUUUCUUUGAGCGAAUUCUGCUUGCAUGGAAAAAUCAGUCGCUGUUGUUGCUUUUGCACAUGAGCUCUUGCCAAA